AUGCUCAAGAAAUGUGAUGGUUCAACGUGUACGUCUACGUUAUCGUCAAUGCCGGGAUUCAGUCCGUCAAGGACUUCAACUAUCAAAAUUGGUAAACAUCAGCAUCGUGCUACCACCACAGCGAACACUGUCACUAAGAGGAGUGGUUGUGAUUUCUACGUUGCAAACCAGUUUUUGACGGCCAAAUCAGUGGGUCAACAAGUUAAGGAAUUACGACCAAGACCGAUCUAUGACGUAUUUUUGGGUGGCAGCUGUGGCAAUACUGUAAUACCUUACUUGGAAAAACGCGCUAUCAGCUAUUACGACCCUCAGAGAAGUAUUUGGAAUGAACAUAUGAUUAACGAAGAAAGCGUUGCCAAAGAGAAUUCAAAUCUGUUUCUUUUUGUGCUUGAUCCAGCAACUGUUAAUGCAACAUCAUUUCUGGAAAUUGCCCAUUUUGUUGUCCGAAAGGCACCCAAGCUGGUGGUUGUUUUCUUGCGGCAAGCAGAAUGGAAAGAACGAGCACAUCCUGAGGAUUUACCUGAUAGGCAACGUACAUGUGAUCUUCUUGAUGAUAUACUAGCAACACACGAUGUUCCUGUCUUACAAUCCAUUCAGGAUGCUCUUCGUUACAUUGAUGAAAUUAUAAUUGGGGAAAAGAGCUGGUCCGAAGCAAUGUCUAAUCCGUUUCAAAGGCUUCCGUAUAUGCUUCUCCGAGGGAGGCGUACAUAUCGGCAAUCAGUACAUCACAUACAAAGUACAUUACGAAAUGUUAAAAAUGGUGUAACAAAGUGGAGGGGAUGCAAAUUUCUCUUACUAGGUUUGAAGCAGAAAAGGAAUCGAACUUUGAUUUUCCUGGCAAAAGCUAUCAUCUUGUCUACGGUGCUAAGCCGCUUUGCUGCACGACGUCGUGCUAAAUUAGUAAAUGCAGCAGCAGUAUCACUACCAAUACCCGGUCAUGCCGUUGUGCCUUGCAAUAUCGUUGCUCAGCAAGUUCCGCUCAGUUAUUGUUAUCAAUCGAUAAAUCGCAGUAUGGAAGCAGCUGCAACCUCACUUUCUUCACGUUUAUUGAAAAAGCGGUCGUAUAAUAGUAGCAUUAGUGUUGCAAAUCCACUGAGAUGGACGAAUGCGAAUGGAUAUGAUAUUUUUCUUGGAUGCAGUUCGAGAAAUCGUAUUGAUCUUGCUUGGAUUAAUCACCGUGCUGCACCGCAAUUACACUCAGUGGGUUUCAUGGUAAUACAGCGCGCUUUGUUGAAAUUAGAGUUAAUGGUGGAAAAGCAUAGAAGAUUGAAUACUUUACACAUGACGAGGCACAUACUUUAUCAUAUACCAUCUUGUGAGACUAUGCUUUCAGGCAUGGUUGAGAUAGCCUAUUUUCUUGGUCAUCCAACAAUGGAGUUGACGAUUUGUGUGCCAAAACGUGCUAAAAUGUUUGUUUCUGCACCAAAUGAUGAUGAUGAAUUAACGAAGUAUAUUGAAAGGCGUAAUGAAUCAUAUCGUAUGGCAUUUUGCUAUCUCAGGGAUAUGGCUGAGAGAAAACGUUGUGAAGUUCGAUUUGUUUUUCCCGUUUCUUUUUCAAAGAUUUAA